UAACCAAUGUCAAAAUGUUAAUUUAAUUCUGAGAGGUCAAAACCUACAAAUUCAGUGGUAAAUUUAAAAUUUUCUGAAGUUCAGGAUUAUCUUUUCUUUAUUUGAUCUCCCCUAAUAUACUAGUACUAUUUUCAAACCCAGACCCGACCCAGAAAAGAAAAAAGAAAGCAAAUUUGAAAUUGAUCAAUAGUUUGAGAAACCAUUCAAUUCAACAUUUUUGAAGCUUUAGAAGAGAGAUGUUAGGGAGAAGGUUAGGUUCUUUGUUUAGAAGAUCUUCAGCAUCACAGCCUUCCAGUACUGCAAAGGCGGUAGAUGACGAAAAGAGCCGCUCAUUCGGUCGUAAAGCUGUUUCAUUUGUGUUGAUUACUGUUACUGGUGGUGUUGCUUUGAGUGCUCUCGAUGAUCUUGCUAUAUAUCAAGGCUGCAGCAGCAAGGCGAUGGAGAAAGCCAGUGAAAAUCAGGCAAUCAAAGAUGCUAUUGGAGAACCAAUUGUUAAAGGUCCAUGGUACAGUGCCUCUCUUGCAGUAGCUCACAAAAGGAAGUCUGUGUCUUGCACAUUUCCUGUCUCCGGUCCAAAUGGCAACGGAGUCUUCCAAUUGAAGGCAGUUCGUAAUGGAGAUGACAACUGGUUUUCAUUUUUCCUUCCACGUGACUGGCAAAUCCUAAUAAUGGAAGCUCUCCUUCACAUUCCUGGCAAUAACGAGAAGCAGCAAACACUACGUAUUAGUUUAUCCGACAACUACCCACCUUCAGAUUGUACGACAUGUACCACAUGUCCACAGGAAUCCCAGAAGCCAGAGAACAAAUGAUAAGUUGCAUAUUAUAGUAGUGGAACUUUUUUGCAAUUUCCCCUUUCUGCAAACAAGCGCUAUAUUUUCCAGCUGUAGGAUAAAAUUUUACGGCUAAACAGAUGAUGCUCUCAUUUAGGGCAUGUGAUUUAUUGCAGUCAUUAGGCCUUUCUAUUUUUUUGGUCUGGGAUGUAAAUCCCAUAGAGUUGCAGUAUGUUGCACGGAAACUUGUUUGUCUUACAUUUCCGUGUUUCAUUUCCAUUCCGGAAACACUUUUCAAACUCAUAAACUAUAUACUAUAACGUGUUCUUGUAAAAACGGUCUCAACGUUUUUUCAUUUAUGUUUCCAUGCAACAUAAGUUGUAACUUUUGAAGAGUGUUCAAAAGAUUAAGAAUUAAGAGAGUUGUAAAUUUUACUCCAA